GAGAGUCAUUUCGAUUGGGCAUCUCCAUCCAUACAUUUUUUGACAGGUAAUUGACGUAUGAAGAAAAAUGCUUGUAAAUAGUGAAAGCAGCCAAUCCAAUGAUGUACAUACCUUAAAUUUAUACAUUUUAAUCUUGAAUAUUUAAUUUGUUCAAAAGUAUUCGUAAUCGUUUCAUAUAUCAAUUAUUGCCCGUUUAAUUGAUUGAUUAAAAGUUAGUCCAUUCAUAAAAAUCAAAGUCAAAAUAAACAAACAAUGGACGAAAGUGAUGAAUGUAAUAUUGGUGUAGAUAAUGAAAUGCCUGUAGAUAUAAUACAAAUGCAGCAAAGUUUUUACGAAAUCUUCGGCUAUGGUUCACAUCUCAUUUAUGAUUGUUAUGCAAGUAAAGUGUUUGUUGAGAUGAAAAUCGACGUACUAUUGCCCGGUUUGGAUAAAGUGAAUAAAACUCGAUUGAUCGACAUGAUUUGGUCGCAAAGAAGUCAUCGUGGAAAUUUUCAACUGCUCAUGUCACCCAUAUUUGUGUGUGUUGUCUACGACACAAACAUCACUGGCCGUAUCACCUAUCCGUUUAAUAUCAAAUCAAAACACUUUUCGGUUCAUUCAUUAUUUCGUAUUCAAAAAUGCAGUGGCAAUUCGAUUGACGAGAAUGGUCAAAACAAGCACUGUGCCAUUUUUGUCGAUGAACACGGUCGAGUCUAUGGAAACUGGGAUGAUUUUCGUAACAACAAUAAAUACGAUGAUGGUCUUGUGAUUGCACCGAAAAUGGGCAUCUAUAAUGGUUUACCAUCAACCGAUCUGGUUUUAUUGGAUAUUUUCUUACGGAAAUCGGGUGUUACAAGGAAAUUAGACACUGGAUCAACGGUGAUUGGUUUGGCGUCAGCAGCAAUCGGUGGUAUUUCAUUAAUACCAGCAGUGACCAUUGCUCCGGUGGUUUUAGGUGUUGCAACUGUUGCAGGAGUGACGUGUGCUGUUUUCACAGGACUUCGCAGUGGUUACAAUCUGUUUGAUCGCAAAAAGCAUAAGCAAAGCAUUGGAUUGAAGAACAAGGAAGCACGUGGCGCAUGGCUCAAUGUCGGUGCGGGUAUAGUGUCGGCAUCAGCAGCAGGUGCUACACAAUUGGUUGCACGGGCCGCACGCAAUGGACGAAAUAUAUCGACUUUGGCACGAAACUCCACUCGUGUCAUAAGUAUUGGAGCGAUUGGUCUGAAUACUGGUGCAUGCGUAGAUGAAUCAUUUUCGAUAGUCAGUGCACUUUUGAAACGUGAACCAAUUUCGGGCCAGCAAAUGGUGCGAUUAGUUAUUGCUUUGUUCUUGGUUCGGCAUUCGGUGAGCAAUUUUCAAGCGGCCAAACAACUGAUGGCCACCGAUCUAAGCGAGAUCGAGUCAAUGACAUCACUUUUGUGCGUAAGCCAAAAAAAAUCGUUCAAAGAUUUGGUCGGUCGAACGGCAAAAGUUUGCGGAUCUACUGUAGCCAAACCGGUGGUGCGUUCGUUGAAAGGAUGUCUCAGCGAUCCGAGAGUGUUAAUGGAAAUGCUUCAAAUGAUAUUGAGAAAGGUACAAAGCGCUGAAGUUUCCAUCGAAGAUAUGAUGAAAGGUGUUUGCGGCAUCUUAGCUCCAUCGAUUGUACGUGAAUACUGCGUUGAAUUUGAUAAGCAUGUGAAUAAAAUUAUCCGAUCCUUGGGGCGGAAAUUAAAUAUUGGGAAUUUAAAUUCACUUCUACGGCCCGUAAUCAAUUUGCUACGAGAAAUGACGUUCAAAGCCUGUAAUAAAUUUCUGCAAUUCGUCGAACAGUUUGUCAUCGAAAUAGCACAAUCGAUUGUACGUAUAAAGACAUCCGUCCAUUUUGAACGUUUCUUGAAAAUGAUGCAUAUUAAGCUGGCACACCGAUCGGCCAUCGAACACACCGAUUUGAAUAGUUAUAUUCUGUCGAAGAAAGAUGAUGAAUUACAAUCAAUCGAUGCCGAAAUCCGUGAGACUAUCAGCGUUGAAAAGGUUGAAUCACUUGAACAAAUUGAAUCAAUUUACGAUGAGACGUAUGGAUUCGAUUGUGAUCUAAGUGAAAACCGUAAAUUGGAACUAUUGAUUGAUGAAUUCGCAUGCGAAUAUGCGGCAGACUUGGAAAAAUGCUCCCCAGCGGCCAACACAAAUGAAUUGCACGAAACAAUUGUUCAGAUCAUGAAGCAACUACCGUAUGAAAUGGCAACAAAGUUUUUUGCGAUUGUUAAACAGUUGCUAACUGACCAUGCACGACACAUCCAGGAAUCUCUAGGGCGCUUCAUAUCGGUAGACAUUUUUGUCGUCGAUAUCUAUUGUUUGCUCACCAAACAUUGUGCUACCAACGAUUGUGAAUCUCUGAGCGAAUACUUGUCAAACUACACAGUAAAUUUGUAUCGGAAUAUUGAAGAUGAAUUUUUGCAGAAUUACGUAGUAAAACAUGAUAGAUCUUUAAAAGAAACGCACUGCUCCACUUGUCACGGCAAAGUUUUCGUUUGAAUCCAUUGCACAAAAAAAAUGCACAUGUAAUUUGAUUUGAAGCACAAAAUAUUGACGCUACUAAUUACUUAAUAAAAAAUAACAAACUGACACCCACAAAGAAAAUGUUUUCUACAAUUUACAUUAGUAUAAGCAAAGAAAAAAUUCAAGAAGUGUUGUAGAUAUUUUGGCAAAAUUCUCAUAUUUCAUUUUUACAAAGAAUAAAUUCAAUAACAACAACAAAAAAA